GUGAGCAGAAUGGUAACCGGAAUCCUGGUGGACUACAGAUUGGUGACCUAGUAAACAUAGAUCUUGAUCUAGAAAUUGUACAGUCUUUGCAACAUGGGCAUGGAGGAUGGACUGAUGGCAUGUUUGAGACUUUAACUACAACUGGAACAGUUUGUGGCAUUGAUGAAGAUCAUGACAUUGUAGUACAGUACCCGAGUGGCAAUAGAUGGACUUUCAAUCCAGCUGUUCUCACUAAAGCUAAUGUUGUCCGAAGUGGGGAUGCUGCACAGGGUGCAGAAGGGGGUACUUCACAAUUUCAAGUGGGUGAUCUUGUUCAGGUUUGUUAUGAUCUAGAAAGAAUUAAGCUUCUACAAAGAGGUCAUGGCGAAUGGGCAGAAGCUAUGCUUCCUACCUUAGGGAAAGUUGGCCGUGUACAGCAGAUUUAUUCAGACAGUGAUUUAAAGGUAGAAGUUUGUGGGACAUCUUGGACAUAUAAUCCUGCAGCUGUUUCCAAGGUGGCAUCAGCAGGAUCAGCUAUUAGCAAUGCAUCUGGGGAGAGACUAUCUCAACUCUUGAAGAAACUAUUUGAAACUCAAGAGUCUGGGGACCUUAAUGAAGAAUUAGUUAAAGCUGCUGCUAAUGGAGAUGUUGCUAAAGUAGAAGAUUUGUUAAAGAGACCAGAUGUUGAUGUAAAUGGACAAUGUGCUGGACACACUGCCAUGCAAGCUGCUAGUCAGAAUGGACAUGUUGACAUUUUAAAACUGCUUUUGAAGCAAAAUGUGGAUGUAGAAGCAGAGGAUAAAGAUGGAGAUAGAGCUGUUCACCAUGCAGCUUUCGGAGAUGAAGGUGCUGUCAUAGAAGUGCUACACAGAGGUAGUGCUGAUUUGAAUGCUCGAAAUAAACGAAGACAGACUCCACUUCAUAUUGCUGUGAAUAAAGGUCACCUUCAAGUUGUGAAGACGUUACUGGACUUUGGCUGUCAUCCAAGUCUUCAAGAUUCUGAAGGUGAUACACCCCUCCAUGAUGCAAUAAGUAAAAAACGUGAUGAUAUCCUUGCAGUCCUUCUAGAAGCUGGGGCAGAUGUUACAAUCACAAACAACAAUGGAUUUAAUGCUCUACACCAUGCUGCACUACGAGGAAACCCCAGUGCAAUGCGUGUGUUACUAUCCAAACUGCCAAGACCAUGGAUUGUGGAUGAGAAGAAAGAUGAUGGUUACACUGCCUUGCAUCUAGCUGCACUUAAUAAUCAUGUAGAAGUGGCUGAACUCUUGGUGCAUCAGGGAAAUGCAAACCUGGAUAUCCAGAAUGUGAACCAGCAAACAGCACUACACCUUGCUGUUGAACGACAACACACUCAAAUAGUCAGGCUUUUGGUUCGUGCAGGUGCUAAACUGGAUAUUCAGGAUAAAGAUGGGGAUACUCCAUUGCAUGAAGCUCUGAGACAUCAUACUUUAUCACAACUCCGCCAGCUCCAAGAUAUGCAGGAUGUAGGGAAAGUAGAUACAGCCUGGGAACCAUCCAAAAACACAUUAAUAAUGGGACUUGGUACACAAGGGGCAGAGAAGAAGAGUGCAGCAUCUAUUGCCUGCUUCUUAGCAGCCAAUGGAGCUGAUCUUAGCAUUCGAAAUAAAAAGGGUCAGUCUCCACUUGAUCUGUGUCCUGAUCCUAGCCUCUGCAAAGCACUGGCCAAGUGUCACAAAGAAAAAGUCAGUGGUCAGGUGGGUUCACGGAGUCCUUCUAUGAUCAGCAAUGAUUCAGAAACUUUGGAGGAGUGUAUGGUAUGUUCAGAUAUGAAGAGAGAUACUCUUUUUGGCCCAUGUGGACAUAUUGCUACAUGUUCUCUGUGUUCUCCACGUGUCAAGAAAUGCCUCAUCUGCAAAGAACAAGUUCAGUCUAGAACAAAGAUUGAAGAAUGUGUGGUGUGCUCUGACAAGAAAGCUGCUGUUCUUUUUCAGCCCUGUGGCCACAUGUGUGCUUGUGAGAACUGUGCUAACCUGAUGAAGAAAUGUGUGCAAUGUCGGGCAGUAGUAGAACGGAGAGUACCUUUCAUUAUGUGUUGUGGUGGCAAAGGCUCAGAAGAUGCCACUGAUGAUAUUGCAAGUGGAAACAUUCCAGUUUUACAGAAGGACAAAGACAACACCAAUGUCAAUGCUGAUGUACAGAAGUUACAGCAACAGUUGCAAGAUAUCAAAGAGCAGACAAUGUGUCCUGUGUGUUUGGAUCGUCUGAAGAAUAUGAUAUUCCUCUGUGGCCAUGGAACAUGUCAACUUUGUGGAGAUCGAAUGAGUGAAUGCCCUAUUUGCCGCAAAGCCAUUGAACGAAGGAUCCUUUUGUAUUAAAUGAGAAAUAGCAGUGUGUUUUGUUAGCUAAACAAAAUUUAAAUGCAUUUGAUAAGGCAGUUCUAGUGAAAUACUGUGUAAUACCAUAGCCUAUGUAAUACAUUAUAAUUACUUUGAAUGCGCUAAAACCAAACAAACCACAAAACAGUAUUUGGACAGUCAUUUUGAAAUUUGGAUCAAAUCCAUGUAAGCCACAGUUAAUUUUAAAAAGUUUUUUACUUCAGUCUUGUAGAGUAUGGUUUGUAAUGGGACAUAUUUAAAAAUACAUUUAAUUCCUAAUUCUUUACUACUCCCAUUAAAUUUUCUUUUACUAUUCAGUUUCA